UAUAAAGUGUCGAGCUUCUCCUCGCGAGAGACUUCGUGCUCAUGCUCGCUGCAGGGGUCGGAGGUCAGGGCGAGCGUCUAGCGGGCCGUAGGAGGAAGAUGGCGGUGGAGUCGCGCGUUACCCAGGAGGAAAUUAAGAAGGAGCCAGAGAAGCCAAUCGACCGCGAGAAGACAUGCCCACUGUUGCUGCGGGUCUUCACCACCAAUAACGGCCGCCACCACCGAAUGGACGAGUUCUCCCGGGGAAAUGUACCGUCCAGCGAGUUGCAGAUCUACACUUGGAUGGAUGCAACCUUGAAAGAACUGACAAGCUUAGUAAAAGAAGUCUACCCAGAAGCUAGAAAGAAGGGCACUCACUUCAAUUUUGCAAUUGUUUUUACUGAUGUUAAAAGACCCGGCUAUAGAGUUAAGGAGAUUGGCAGCACCAUGUCUGGCAGAAAGGGGACUGAUGAUUCCAUGACCCUGCAGUCGCAGAAGUUCCAGAUAGGAGAUUACUUGGACAUAGCAAUUACCCCUCCAAAUCGGGCACCACCUCCUUCAGGGCGCAUGAGACCAUAUUAAAUUCUAUUUACAAUUUCUUGAAUUUAUUUUUCCGUCAGUUAUGUAACAUAAACUUACUCUUUUUCCUCCCCUGAUUAUUGCCAUUAAGCCUUUAAAUUCUAAAAUUAUAAUGCAUCAUCUAUUUAGGAAUUAGAUUCGGAUGUGCUAUUGUAUGAUCACUAAUAGAAAGUCUGUAUGUUUCAAGCCCUUCUGUAAAAUAUGAAGAAAAGUGCUCUUAGCAUUCUGUGUAAAACUGUACUGUUAAAUAUAUGUGUGUAAUCAGCCUGAGUGUGAAAGUUAAUGGAGGCCUGGGAACAGGGUUUAUACUAAGUGGUGGAGGAGGGUAUGGUUAACCCCAAAGGGGCAGAACAGGAAAGCCACGGGAUUGUAUGAAAUCAAACAUGAGUUUGUGGUGUAGACUGCUGUAAGCAGUUGGAAAGGACAUGUGAGAUUGAGCUCAAGUGGCAGCAGAGGCAGUUUGGAAUAGUAUAAGCUGAGGCAAGUUGAAGCUGUGUUGGAAGAGAUGGCGCUGCCUUGAUCAGGGUACCAUGACAUAAAAGGUUGAAGAACUGGCACCACAAUGAGGACUUAUAUUUUUAAUGUGGGGAAUAGGGCAUUUUAAAGGCUGGAACCAGUUCAGAGGAAACAAGGGUUUCAGUAGAGGUAGAAAGGUUUACCUUGGAGAUCUGCAAAUGGAGGGAGGGGUGAAGGAAAAAUCUUAAAGACUGAGGGAGAAGAGCCAAGGACAAGGUCAGGUUGAAUGAGUAGGAGGUAUUCACGCACCCUCUUGUGUGGUAGGUACUGGCGUGCAUCUGAUUAGAGAGGCAGUAAAGCAAUGAUGCAGACCAGUGCAGCAAAACGUUUAAAUCCUGAUUGCAGCAGUGGCUCUGCAACCUUGGAUAAAUUAUUUGAAUCUUCAUUUUGUAAAAUAGAGAUAAUGGCCUAUAGGAUUGUCAAGGUUGAAUAUUUUAAAAGAGCUAAGAAUAGUGCCUGGCAAAUGAGAAAACAAUAAAUACUGGUUAUCGGCUGUAAAGUGGUGUUAAAACUGGAACUCUUCCAUGGCACUAUUCUCAUUUUGAAGUUUAUGAACAGUAUGACAGUGUACUGUAAAUUCCCUUUAGUUUGUUACAGUAGCCAAGUGAAAAUGUAUAUCCCAAAAUUAAAAAAAAAAAGUACUGGCAGCAAUUAAAUUGCACUAGUUUUAUCUGGUACAUAGAAAAACAGCCAUUUAAAAUCUAACGAUUCUGUGGAAUUGGUGUCCCUGUUAGUGGCAGAGACCAACCUGGAGCCUAGAUCUGAUGCCUCUUCUGUGCUGUGGUUUACCCCAAACCUUUAGGUUGUUUAUUCAUUCAGAUAAAGUUAAUUUACACCUAGCUUUUUGGAGAAUAGCCAUGAUUAACUUCCUAUUCGUGGGGGGAAGAACCCUAUGAUUUACUAUGCAGAUGAAGAGGGUAGGAACUAAAUAAAGGACUUUGUAAGCCAAAGUGGUUGAGCUGGUUUGUCAAAUUCCACCCUUUGCUUGGUUCCAACAUGGAAUGUUUCCUUUAAAGAUUUCAAUAUUCCAUUAAAAGUACAGUUAGAGAAUACCUAGUAGAAUUUAUUGAAUAUAAUGCUAAGAAUCAAAAGACUUGUUUACCUCAGGCUUUGGUAGGUAAGUGUGGCUUUAAUAACUGAGCUGUUUCCCCACAUAUAAAAUAGAAAUAGUCGUCAUGACAGCGUCUUGCUCGGUUC